GUUCAUAAUAUCCAAGGAUAUUUGAGGCAACAACAAUUCCUGGAACAGCAGCUCACACCGUUCCUCUGCCACCAGGCGACGCAUGCGCAGUACAGCGAGCCUAUCACGGUGAAAAUGCCUCUCGCCAGAGACCUCCUCCAUCCUUCUAUUGAACUUCAAAGAAGACAGCACAAAAAGAAAAGACUCGUCCAGAGUCCCAACUCCUACUUUAUGGACGUCAAGUGCCCAGGCUGCUAUAAGAUCACCACGGUGUUCAGCCAUGCUCAGACAGUGGUGCUGUGUGUGGGAUGUGCCACAGUGCUGUGCCAGUCAAGUGGAGGAAAGGCCAGGCUGACUGAGGGUUGCUCUUUCAGGAGGAAGCAACACUAAAAGGCAUUCCCCACUGUCUGUAAUCAAGCCGUGCUGUUGAUAAAUCCCUCAUCAUGUCCAUCAAUUACAACACAGUUGUUCAUUGACUAAUGGCAGGUUCUGCUACUGUGCAAAUGUCCAACUUGCAUUAUAAAGAAUCAUGAACUGGAAUAAAGUCUUUUUAAAUGAAAAAAUAACAAAUCUAAAAUAAUAAAGCAGUAAUAAAAUGUGAAGCAUUCUGGAACUUUUAUUGAAGAACAAAAACGGUUUGUCACAAUUUGAAAAUUACCUUCACAGAAAGUAUAGUAAUCUUUUGGGCCUUUGAAAAUAUGUGCCAUAGAUUUCUUAGGAAAAACAUACACAUAUAAAAAGACAUGGAUAUUAAGUAGAGACAUAUAGCAGUUAGCCAACAUACAGUUUUGCCAACUUGGAGCACAAAUGAAACGUGCAAUAAAUACUCCACUCGCAUAUUUGUGAACCAGGAGUUGCUCAAAAUUGCCUCGGCAAAUGUUUUACACCUAAUGCUACCUAUUUCCAUUAUAUUACUCUGAAAGGCAGAUCUCUAAAAGCAUGUUCACCAAGGAAAGAAUAAAAAUAAAAAACACAUGCUCUACAACA